UCCUGAUUAUGAUAGAUUUUCUCUAAAAAGUGAAAAUGCAAAUAAGAGGCUUUAAUAUACAUGCAGUUUCUUUAUAUGAUCUAUAUUCUGUGCUUCAUGGUCAAAAGCAGUGGACACUACUGAGUGAGUGUCAUUUAGUUAGUGUAUUUCUGAUGUACUGCACUCCUAAAUGAACACACCCUCUCUAACAGUGGUUUUAUGAGCUCAUUGUAAAUUUAGCAAACAGGAACUGAUUGGGCUGCAACAGUGACACCAACACAGCAGAGACACAGACAGCAAGAGAAGCUUCCAUUUUAUUCAAGAGAAGAACGAAUCUAACAUGGACCGCCUUUUGAUUUUCAGUUUCUUUAUUUCCAGCGUUCAAAGCACUAGGUGGUUAACUCUUCAAACUGGAGGAAAUGUCACCAUCCCAUGUCACUAUGAUAAUGAAUAUAUACAACAUAAGAAAUACUGGUGCUAUCAUGAUGGGGGAGAAUUCAAUUACUGUAAGAUUCUGGCAUAUGCAAAUACCACAAAGGAUAAAUUAACAGUGAUUGAUUAUCCAGCUCAGAGUCUCUUUACUGUGACUAUGAGAGAUCUGCAGAGUGGAGACACUGGAAUGUACUGGUGUGCUGUGGAGAUUGGAGGAAUAUUUUGGCCAGAUGUUAAAGAAGAUAUUUAUGUCACAGUAAACUCAGAUCCUGAUCUGUCUGUAGUGGAGAGCAGCGUGGGUGGUCAUGAAGGGGGCAGUGUCAGUAUCCAGUGUCUCUACAGUGCUGGAUAUCAGAAUGAACAGAAGCAGUGGUGCAGAUCGAAAGACUGGAGUUGCUACACAGUGGGGAGGACCAACACAUCCCAGAAUUCAGCAGUGCAGAUCAGUGAUGAUGGGAGAAGAUCCUUCAGUGUGGAGAUGAGUGAACUGCAGAAGAGUGAUGCUGGCUGGUACUGGUGUAAAACAAGAGAUCUACAGAUUCCUGUUAAUGUCAGCAUCAGAAGAGGAAAUGCAGAUUCUACGACGGUGGCUGGAAAUACAAAGACAGACCUCGAUGGAGGUAACAGGCUUAUCUGGGUUCUACUGGCUGUAGGCCUGGGGCUGCUGCUGAUUCUGGUCAGUAUUAUAACCUGGAUGUUGAGAAAGAAGUGCAGAGACUUGCUUCCAGUUUUUCAAAGAAAUCUGCAGGGAUAUUUUUUCACAGCUCCAAAGUUCAGUCUUAGAGAUGAAAAUCAAGCCAAGACCAGAGAGAAGAGCACUGACCCUGCAGUUGAGAUGGCCUCUACAACUGAAUGCACCGUGACGUACAGUAGCGUGACUGUUAAAAAGAAAAAGCCUUCAUCUGCACCGGCUCAUGAAAAUGAUGUGGUCUACAGCAAUCUAACCACAGCUACCGAAAAUAAAACUCUCGCUCUAGCAGUUAGAGAUGAUGAUGGGGUGAUCUACAGCUCUGUGGUCAACACGUAAGAGGCCAGAAAUGCUAGAAGUCACCACACGUCCUUCACAACCAACUUCUGAAAGAACACUCCGCAGGGAACUGUAUACCAUGAACAUAUGAAGCAGAGUGGUACGCAAGAGCCUUCAAUGAGGACUGAGUGCAAGGUGUGGUUCAAGCUGGAGAAGGCUCUCUGAUGUUCUGGGGGUGUUUCAAUUACACAGAAAUGGGUCCUUUGGUUGAGGUAACAGCGCAGUGUAUGGGGCUUUAAAAAUGAAUAGGGUUGUACAUGGUUAAAUGGUGGUGAAGCCUGCCAGAACUAAACCCAUUCUUGAAGUAAUUUCAAAAGAAGCUUCAUGUCAUCAUCAAUGAUGUAAUUUCAGGAGGACAACACAAGCAUCAAUAUGAGCUUUAUUGCCCUACUUACUUGUCACAUACUUCGAAAUGCCUGUUUCCGUAACAUUUCUGUUCAAUCUUUUGGUUGGUUAGUAAUCUGUUGUGUCUUUGAGUUAGUGUGGGGUUUUGUUUAUUAUUUUUGGCUGAGCCUGAAGUGUAACCGGUGAAAGCACUUGCAAUUUGUACAAUAUACUGUGAAGAACGUUUACCCUUUGUCUCUUGUUACACCUUACAUGCAUAAUCACAAAGCAUAGAGUUUGCACCACACCAUUCUGUGACAGGCUGACCUUGGACUAGACUAUUACAGGUAGUAGUGUGUUUGAGCAUGAUGGCCUUCUUUAAGAUGUUCAUCUUAAAUGAUGUGCUUUAUUAAUAGUUUUAAA